CUCCGCAGCCGCGCCCCUUGCGGGGCAGGCUAUAAACGUGGCGCGGCGCCCGUGUGAGCGGUUCUCUGCCAGGUGCAGCCGCCGGAGCAGCAGCGUAAAGCGCCAGGGAGAGCAGCGCAGGAUGCCGGCGGUUCUCGGGUACUGGGACAUCCGCGGGCUUGCUCACUCCAUCCGACUGCUGCUGGAAUACACGGGCACAGCAUAUGAGGACAAGAUGUACAGCUGUGGGGAAGCUCCAGACUAUGACAAAAGCCAGUGGAUUAAUGAGAAGGAGAAGCUGGGACUGGAUUUCCCAAAUCUGCCCUACCUCAUUGAUGGCAAGAACAAGCUUACGCAGAGCAAUGCCAUCCUCCGGUACAUUGCCCGCAAGCACAAGUUGUGUGGCGAGACAGAGGAGGAGAUGCUGCGAGUGGACAUGCUGGAGAACCAGGCUAUGGAUUUCCGUAUGAGCCUUGUAAUGAUCUGCUACAAUCCCGACUUUGAGAAACUGAAGCCUGGCUACUUGGAGCAGCUGCCCGGGAAGCUGAAGCUGUUCUCCCAGUUCCUGGGGAAGAGGAAGUGGUUUGCUGGGGAGAAGAUCACUUUUGUUGACUUUCUCAUGUACGACGUCCUGGACCAGAACCGCAUGCUUGAGCCCAAGUGCCUGGAUCAGUUCCAAAACCUGAAGGAUUUUCUUGACCGCUUUGAGGCCCUGGAGAAGAUUGCAGUCUAUAUGAGCUCUAGCCGCUUCAUGAAGACUCCCAUCAACAACAGGAUGGCCAAAUGGAGCAACCAGAAGAAGUAGAUUUGUGUGGAGGGGAGGGGCUGGAGAGGAAUAAUCCAGAGCCCCCACUUGCUGUUUGUGUAUGGACUCCCUCAGAUCGGAUGUUGUGAGGGGGUGAACGGUUGACUCUGUUAAGUGGCAGCUUUAGUGAAUUGCUCUCAGUGGAACCAUCACUAAACGUGUGUAGUAACCCUACUCUGAAAUGCCCAGCCAAUAAAAUGUUUAGUAAUUGCAUAA